AUGUGGGGACCCGGGAUCACGGCCGAAGGCGUGUCGGUGGCGCCCGCGCCGCCACCGCUGCUGCCGCUGCUGCUGCUGCUGGCCCUGGCGCUGGUGGCGCCCUCGCGGGGCGGCGGGGGCUGCGCGGAGCUGGCGUGCGGCGAGCGGGAGCGCUGCUGCGACGCGGCCAACGCCACCGCGGUGCGCUGCUGCAAGCUACCGCUGCACGCCUUCCUCGACAACGUGGGCUGGUUCGUCCGCAAGCUCUCCGGGCUGCUCAUCCUGCUGGUGCUCUUCGCCAUCGGCUACUUCCUGCAGCGCAUCAUCUGCCCCAGCCCACGCAGGUACCCUCGCGGGCAGGCGCGGCCGGGGCCACCGGGGGGCGCCGGGCAGCCGGGGGCUGAGGGGCCGCCCGACGACGAGGACGACGACUCGCCCGAGCUGCUGCGAGACGAGGUGGCCGCGGGCUCUCAGGACUCGCUGCUGGACAGUGGCGGCGGCGGCGGCCGGGGCCGGGCCGGCGGCGGACGCUCGGCCCCCUCCUGCGCCUCGGAGCACGAGCUGCGCGUGGUGUCGCCGGUCUUCCUGCAGCUGCCCAGCUACGAGGAGGUCAAGUACCUGCCCACCUACGAGGAGUCCAUGCGGCUGCAGCAGCUCAGUCCGGGGGAGGUCGUGUUGCCCGUGUCGGUACUCGGCCGCCCGCGAGGUGGCGGCGCCGGGGAGUCCGACGGCGGCGGCGAGGGCCGCUUCCCGCUCAUCUGA